GCAGUGUGUUUUGCCAUUGUUCUCUCUUUGCUUUUGACAGCAGUGAAUAUCAAGCACUGCAGAAAACGCUCACAAUGGCAUCCAUGGGAAUACAGAUUCUGGGAUUGACUAUAGCCAUUGUCGGAUUUCUUGGAGUCAUCAUCAUGUGUGCACUACCUAUGUGGAAGGUCACUGCUUUCAUCGGUGCCAACAUUGUGACAGCACAGACCACCUGGCAGGGUCUCUGGAUGACUUGCGUGGUGCAGAGCACAGGACAGAUGCAAUGCAAGAUCUACGACUCCAUGCUGGCCCUACCUCAGGACCUGCAGUCUGCCCGUGCCCUCAUCGUCAUCUCCAUUAUCGUGGCUUUGCUUGGCAUUCUUCUGGCCGUCGCAGGAGGCAAGUGCACCAACUGCAUUGAAGACGAGACGCCCAAAGCCAAGGUAGCCAUUGCCGCCGGCGUCACCUUCAUCGUGGCUGGCGUCCUCUGCCUCGUCCCAGUCUGCUGGUCGGCCAACACCAUCAUCAAGGAUUUCUACAACCCAUUGCUGCUGGACGCCCAGCGUAGUGAGAUGGGUGCAUCGCUGUACAUUGGCUGGGGGACAGCAGGUCUUCUGAUCCUGGGUGGGGGUCUACUGUGCAGCUCAUGUCCACCAAAGGACAACAAAUCAAACUCUGCCAGGCACUCCCAGGCAAGAUCUCUGGCUACCAGCGAGGCAUACGUGUAAUCGUGAUUCUGUAUGGGAAAAUCAGCAUUAUUAUCAACUUUGUUAUAGCCUGCUUUUUUAAUGUUCAUUUUUUUCCCUCAUGCUGAAUUUAUUUAGUCAACUGGUGAAUUGACAGCAAAAAUUGUCUGGGGAAAGAAAGCCCACUCUAUAUCCAUUUACACUUAGAGAACAGAUGGCGUCCUCAGUGAAGGCUUGAAUUACAUUUUGUUUUAUGUAUUUUCUGUAAUUUUAUUUCAGGCGUUUUUUUACUUUAAGAAUUAUAUAUUGAAUCCCUUUUAAAUAUUAUUAAACUAUAUCAAUCUGAAAUAUUCUUGAAAAGUAUUGAUAUAUAUUUGUAAAGGAUUCAAAGAUACUUGUAACAUAAUUUUUAAAAAACUAUUUCAACUCUGAACAGUAAUAUUAACAAUUAAUAUGAUUUAGGACAGUCUGCAAUGGGCCAGAUACCGUGAUUUUUCUUACAACUUUUAUGCAUUUUAAAACGGAUGCAAUAACAACGUGCAAGUUGAGUGUUUGCAAAAAAUAUCUUGCCUCUGAAACAGGUUUGUAUCAUGAAGCGAGAUUACGUGGUCAAAUGAAUAACCGUAUUAAACAAGUUAUUACUGUCGGCAAGAAACAAGGUUAGGAUUCUGUUUAUUUUUGGAACCUUGUUUUUUUCAAUAUGUUUCUAAAAAUUAUUUGGCUAAUUUGUAGUAAUCUCUUAUUGGAAAGUGACCUCCAGAUCAGACUAAAUAUGGAAUGUGUAUUCAAGGAUGUAUGCUUGCAUGUCAAAACCCCUUUUCUUUCUGAGCUUAAUGAUUGCAAAAUACAUGCGAUGUGGUGGUACUUUAGAAGAUCACAGUGCCUUGGGUCAGAUGUUUUUGGUUUUUCAGAUAUACCUUGUGACAUUGCUUAUUUUAUAAACUCUGUUAUUUGCUUUCUGGUUACAUUCUGUAAGUGUUGCUUAUAGCUAUAAAAUAGUAAGACUUUUUUAAUGCUUUUAAUAAUUCAGAGCUAAAUUUCAAGUAAUUUAAAAUUGCUGAAAAUAAAAAUACAUGGUUUCCAUAAAUUCCUGUUCAAUACUGAUGUUCUGUGAUUUGUCUCCGAAACACGUAGAAUAUUCGCCAUUUUGAUACUGAUCACUGAAACUCCAGACAGGAGCUGUUCAGUGAAUUACAUCGCAUUGCAUUACAUUAAUCGAGUCCCACACACCUACAGCUGGGCGCAGAAAUGCAAGUUUCAUUCACUCCAUAAUAAAAUCUUGAAAACAGAAGAGUGACGAAAAUGAAAAAUAAACAGCAAAAUAACUGUGUCUUAAAUUUAUAACGCUAAUGUUAGUAACAGAAGGUCCCACAGAAGUCCUAAAAUGAAGAGACAAUAAAAUCAGCAAAGGCUGAGUUUGCUUCAUUUUAUCCUUAUAAGACUUAAUGGAAUAUUGCCGUUUAAAAAUCUGAAAACAUGUUAGAUUUUUAACUUGCUUCAUAAUUUCAAGUUUAGUUCACAUAUAAUUUCUUCAGUAAUUUAUCAUUUUCACACAACAGGAUAGUUUCAUGAAAUCACCCAGUUAGCGGAAUUCCCAUUGUGACUGGAUCAAAUGACUAUUAUUUUCAUGUGC